GGCUCCAGGGAUGCCAUGGCUCUGCGGGGCGUCUCGGUGGUGGAGCUGGCCGGCCUGGCCCCGGGCCCUUUCUGCGGCAUGGUCCUGGCGGACUUCGGCGCGCAGGUGGUGCGUGUGGACCGGCCCGGCGUCGGCGGCGACGUGAGCCUCUUGUCCCGGGGCAAGCGCUCGCUGGCGCUGGACCUGAAGCGGCCGCGGGGAGCUGCCGUGCUGCGGCGCCUGUGCGCGCGGGCCGACGUGGUGCUGGAGCCUUUCCGCCACGGUGUCAUGGAAAAACUCCAGCUGGGCCCCGAAACUCUGCAAAGGGAGAACCCAAGGCUCAUCUAUGCCAGGCUGAGUGGAUUUGGACAAUCUGGAAGAUUCUCCCAGGUCGCUGGCCAUGAUAUCAACUAUUUGGCCUUGUCGGGUGUACUGUCUCGACUUGGCAGAAGCGGUGAGAAUCCAUAUGCCCCCCUGAAUCUCGUAGCUGACUUUGGCGGUGGGGGCCUCAUGUGUGCCCUUGGCAUCGUGCUGGCUCUUUUUGAACGAACACGCUCUGGCAGAGGUCAGGUCAUUGAUGCCAACAUGGUGGAAGGAGCUGCGUAUUUAAGUUCUUUUCUGUGGAAAACUCAGAAUACUGGGCUGUGGGAUAUGCCACGAGGGGAGAACCUGCUAGAUGGUGGAGCUCCUUUCUACACAACAUACAGGACAGCCGAUGGGGGGUUCAUGGCUGUUGGGGCAAUAGAACCCCAAUUUUAUAAGCUGCUGAUCAAAGGACUUGGGUUGAAGUCAGAAGAACUUCCCAAUCAGAUGAGCACAGCCCAUUGGCCAGAAAUGAAGAAGACAUUUGCAGAUGUUUUUGCAAAGAAGACAAAGGCAGAGUGGUGUCAGAUUUUUGAUGGCACAGAUGCAUGCGUGACUCCAGUUCUGACUUUUGAAGAGGUUGCCCAUCACGGCCAUAACAAAGACCGGGGCUCAUUUAUCACAGAUGGGGAGAGGGGCACAAGUCCCCGUCCUGCACCUGUGCUGUCCAACACCCCAGCUACGCCUUCUUCCAAAAGGGACCCUCUGGUGGGAGAACAUUCUGAAGAGAUACUUAAAGAGUUUGGGUUCAGCCAGGAAGAAAUCAAUCAGCUGAAAGCAGAAAAAAUUAUUGAAAGUCACAAAAUACAAGCUAAUCUCUAAGUUCCAAGCCUUACUGUCCAAAUGAAUUUGAGUAUUGCAUUACACUAUUGAGUAAUACAUAAGAUCACUUGUGUGAAGAUGAAUAAAGAAUAUCACCAUGAUCCAACAAGACCCUAUCACUAAUGAUUGAAUUCUGAAAAUGGUUAACAGUGUAGUUUUUAAGAGGGAUUUUUUAAUUUGCUUAUGUUAAAUGCUAACCAUCUUUCUACCUCUCAUUUUACUUGAAAGAUAAUAUUUGAUAAUAUUAGAUCACUGCAUAUAAUAUACUUUAAUGUAAUAUGAUUUGUAUUAAAGAUUUUCUUCUCUAAACGUG